UCUCUCUCUCUCUCUCUCCCUCUCUCUCCCUCCCUACGCCGUCUGUGUCAGAGAUGAACCGGGAUCGAAGGAGUGAAGGGUCGGGACAGGAAGGAAUAGCUGGAGGGAGGGAUGGUUGAAUAACGAGGAGAGAAACACCCACCCCGGAGUGAGCGAAUUGUAUCCGGAGAGAAGAGUGAGAAAAAGAAAAGAGAGAGGGGGGAGAAGGAGUAAGAAGAAAGAGGGAGCCUUUGGGAGGCAGCAGCACAAGUCUGGUUUCCAGAGAAUCUCCUUUGGGGAUAAAAGGACGCCUUGGAUUGAUGACUGGAGAGGAUUAACCCGCUGACUACGAGGAUGUUUUCAGCAGCGCUGAUCAGGUGGUGUUUGUGGGUUCCACUGGUUUUACUGGCACUGGUUUCCAUUUGCCCCAUUAAGGCCCAGGACCAAGUUCCCGCUCCACGGAGGCUGCGCUUCAAAGUGCUGAGCUCCAACAACCUCCUUGUUGCGUGGAAGGAGUCCAAAGGAGACGUGGACAGUUACUUGUUCGUGUACAACACUUUACCAGGCGGUCGGCCGAGGGAGGUCGCCGUCCCCAGGUCAAACCCCAGAGUGCUGAUAACGGACUACAACCGCGUGAAGGACUACGUCGUCAGCGUCUUCGCUGUCCGGGGCAGCGAACACAGCAGACCCCUUCAGGGCCGAUAUAAAGCUGAAUUAAGAGACAGCGAUGCAGGAGACAGGACUGAGCCCCAGACGCUGACGGAGUCGACUGCGCCUCCAGACGAUGCCAACGAGAUCUCAGGAGUUGACCAGUUCAUCUGCCACACCGAGGCCAUUGCAGACAUUGUGAUCCUGGUGGACGGCUCGUGGAGCAUCGGUCGCAUCAACUUCCGGCUGGUCCGCAUGUUUCUGGAAAACCUGGUCAACGCCUUUGAUGUGGGCAUCAAUAAGACAAGGAUCGGUCUGGCUCAGUACAGCGGCGAUCCCAGGAUAGAGUGGCACCUGAAUGCUUUCACCACCAAAGACACGGUCCUGGAUGCAGUGAAGAACCUGCCCUACAAAGGAGGAAACACCCUCACAGGCCUCGCGCUCACUUAUAUCUUGGAGAACUGCUUCAAGCCGGAAUCUGGCUCGAGGGCCGGCGUUCCCAAGAUCGGGAUCCUCAUCACGGACGGGAAGUCGCAGGAUGACGUCAUUCCGCCGGCGGAGAGCCUGCGCGACGCCGGCGUGGAGCUGUUUGCCAUCGGUGUCAAGAACGCGGACGAGAACGAGCUGCGCGCCAUCGCGUCGGAGCCGCAGGACACGCACGUCUACAACGUGGCCGACUUCAACAUCAUGAGCUCCAUAGUGGAGGGACUCACCAAGACGGUGUGUGAGCAAGUGGAGCAACAGGAUAAAGACAUUAAGGAAAAACAGGCUCCAGAGGAGGUGGGACCGCCUCUCGACUUGUGGACGUCCGAGGUGACGGCCCGCAGCUUCCGGGUCUCGUGGACUCACGCCCCUGGAAACGUGGAGAAGUACAGAGUGGUGUACUACCCUGCUGACGGGGGGCCGCCACAGGAGGCCGUGGUGGACGGCAGCGAAGCCUCGGUGGCGUUGAAGCACCUCAGCUCCAUGACUGAGUACCAGCUGGCUGUGUUUGCCGUGUACACAGACGAGGCGAGCGAAGCUCUGAGAGGAUCAGCAACAACAUUGGCUCUGCCCGCAGUGACUGGCCUCCAGCUCUUCGAUGUGACUCACAACACCAUGAAAGCAAGGUGGGACCGCGUGGACGGCGCCUCUGGUUAUAUGCUGCUCUAUGCACCGCUCACCGGCGACGGAGUCCUGGAUGAGAAGGAGGUUAAGCUGUCGGAUGUGGUGACGGAGCUGGAGCUGGACGGGCUGACGCCCCGCACUGAAUACACCGUCACCGUCUACGCCACGUACGGAGAGGAGUCCAGUGACCCGGUGACGCGGCAGGAAACCACUCUGCCCCCGAGUCCUCCCAGCAACCUCCAGCUCUCCGACAUCACCCACAACUCGGCCCACAUCAGCUGGGACCCCGCGCCUCCAGGAGUGAAGGGCUACCGCGUCGUGUGGGUCAGGACCGACGGACUAGUCAGCAGCGAGGUGGAGGUGGGUCCGGUGAGCUCCUACGACCUGAGCCAGCUGUCCUCGCUGACGGAGUACUCUGUGGCCGUCGUUGCCCUGUACAACCGGGGCGAGUCCGAUCCGCUCGCCGAUGGAUUCACCACCACUCCCGUUCCCGGGCCCCUGAACCUGCACGCCAGUGACGUCGGCACCGACGGCUUCGGGGUCGGCUGGGACCACUCGGCCGGCGACAUCGUCCUCUACAGACUCUCCUGGGCGACGGUCACGGGCGGCGACACGAAGGAGGUGAUCUUGAGUGGAAGUGAUGACCGAUACGUCCUGACUGGUCUGAGCCCAUCCACUGAGUAUGAAGUGAUGCUGACAGCGAUAUUUAAAGAUGAAUCUGAGAGUGACACCGUCUCUGUUACGGAGACCACGUUGACCAGGACAACAACGAUUGCUACCACAACCAAAGCGGCCCGACAGGCUGUGAGGAACCUUCGGCUGAGCGACGAGACCACCCAGAGCCUGGAGGCGUCGUGGGAGCUGCACGACCCCCACGUGGAGGGCUACCGGGUGUCCUACGCCGCUCUCAGGGGAGACCGCCGAGAACAGUCUGUGUUGGUUCCUGCCGGUCAGAGGAGAGCAGUGCUGCAGCCGUUGCUUUCAGACGCUCAGUACAAAGUGACUGUGACGCCGGUGUACGUGGACGGCGGAGAUGGCAUCAGCGCGUCUGCCCUGGGAGCGACACUGCCCCUCUCGCCUCCUGGAAACCUGCGCGUGUCAGAGGAGUGGUACAGCCGCUUCAGGCUCACCUGGGACCCCCCCCAGGCCCCCACAGAGGGCUUCAGGAUCGUCUACCAGCCCACUAACGUUCCAGGACCGGUUCUGGAGACAUCAGUGGGAGAAGACGCCAACUCCGUUCUCCUCCUGAAUCUGCUGAGUGGGACUGAGUACAGCGUCGAGGUGACAGCUUCCUACCCAGCAGGACAAAGUCAGCCGCUGCACGUGAACGCCAAGACGUUGUUCCUCGGCGUCUCCGGCCUGUCCACCUACCAGCUGCGUCACAACAGCAUGUGCGUCCAGUGGCAGCCGCUGCCGCACGCGACGCUGUACAGGGCGUCCAUCCAGUCCACGCUCAAUGGUCAGAGGCAGGAAGUGAACCUGGGAGGCGCCGCUUCCCGAAACUGCUUCUACGACCUCUUCCCCAGCAGCCAGUACCAGAUCAGCGUUCACACGCAGAUGCAGGAACUGGAGGGACCCUCGGUCUCCAUCACCGACAUGACGCUGCCAGCACCCACUCCGGCUCCGACCGACCCGCCCACCACAGAGCCCCCUCCCACCAUCCCGCCUGCUAAAGAAGUGUGUAAAGAGGCCAAGGCUGACCUGGCGUUCCUGGUCGAUGGCUCCUGGUCCAUCGGCGACGACAACUUCAUGAAGAUCACGGGUUUCCUCUACAGCACCAUGGGCUCGCUGGAUCUGAUCGGACCCGACGGCACCCAGGUGGCCAUUGCUCAGUUCAGCGACGACGCUCGGACCGAAUUCCAGCUGAGUUCCCAUAGCAACAAGGAGGCGCUGCUGGAAGCUAUUCAGAGGAUCAGAUACAAGGGAGGGAACACCAAGACAGGCCGGGCCAUUAAACACGUGAAAGAAUCCAUCUUCACCCCAGAGGGUGGGGCCAGGAGGGGCAUUCCCAAGGUCCUGGUUGUUCUGACCGACGGACGUUCCCAAGAUGACGUCAACAAGGUGUCCAAGGAGAUGCAGAUGGAAGGCUACAUCAUCUUCGCCAUCGGCUUCGCGGAUGCCGACUACGGAGAGCUGGUGAACAUCGCCAGCAAGCCCAGCGACAGACACGUGUUCUUCGUGGACGACCUGGACGCAGUGAAGAAGAUCGAGGAGCAGCUGAUCACGUUUGUCUGCGAGGCCGCUACUGCCACUUGUCCGUCUGUUUUGAUGAGCGGUAACACGAUAGCAGGUUUCCGUAUGAUGGAGAUGUUCGGCCUGGUGGAGAAGGAGUACAGCACCAUGGCUGGAGUGUCUCUGGAGCCGGGCUCCUUCAACAGCUUCCCGUGCUACAGGUUACACCGCGACGCCCUGGUGUCCCAGCCCACAAAGUAUCUUCAUCCUGAAGGGUUGCCCUCUGACUACACCAUUUCUAUGAUGCUCCGCCUUCUCCCGGAGACCCCGCCAGAGCCCUUUGCAUUGUGGGAAAUCCUUAACAAAGCCAACAAGCCCUUGGUGGGACUCAUCCUGGACAACUCUAAAAAAAACCUGAAAUUCUUCAACUACGACUACAGAGGAGACUUCCAGACCGUCACCUUUGAAGGACCCCAAAUAAAAAAAAUCUUUCACGGCAGCUUCCACAAGCUCCAUGUCACCAUCAGUAAGACGUCAGUGAAGGUGGUGCUGGACUGUUCUGCGGUGGGAGAGAGAGCCGUCAGUGCGGCCGGAAACAUCACCACGGACGGGCUGGAGGUCCUGGGGAGGCUCGUUCCGUCCAGAGGCCCGAGAAGCAGCUCCGCCCCCUUCCAGCUCCAGAUGUUUGACAUCAUCUGCAGCACAUCCUGGGCCAGCAGAGAUAAGUGCUGUGAGCUGCCAUCCUUGCGAGUUGAGGAGCAGUGUCCCCCCAUGCCUCACUCCUGCACCUGCACCCAGGACAGCAAAGGACCUCCAGGUCCGUCCGGACCCCCGGGUGGUCCAGGCAUAAGAGGAGCCCGAGGAGACAGAGGAGAGCCAGGCGUGACGGGACCUCAAGGACCUGUAGGAGAGAUCGGCCCUCCUGGACUCCCAGGACCACCUGGUCCUCAGGGACCCAGUGGACUCUCCAUUCAGGGACCCCCGGGUGCCGCUGGACAGAAGGGCGACAGAGGAGAAAUGGGCCCGGCUGGACUGAUGGGCGUCCCUGGCAGCUCUGGCUCACCUGGCAGGGAUGGUCCCCCAGGAGCAAGGGGUCUGCCAGGUAAUAACGGACCACAGGGACGACAAGGACCCCCUGGACCUAUUGGAGUCCCAGGAGCACCUGGAGCUCCAGGACCAGGUGGGCCGACAGGGUCCCAGGGGGAUCAAGGACUUCCUGGUCCUGCUGGUUCUAAAGGAGACAAGGGAGAACGGGGGGACGUUCAGUCCCAGGCUGCUGUGCGUGCAAUAGCACGGCAAGUGUGUGAGCAGCUCAUCCAGAGCCACUUGUCUCGCUAUAGCUCCAUACUGAACCAGAUCCCCGUCCAGUCUGCGGCAUCUGUUCGAACAGUUCCCGGACCACCCGGAGAGCCUGGCAGGAGAGGCUCCCCUGGCCCCCAGGGAGAGCAGGGUCCACCUGGCAGACCAGGCUUCCCAGGUACCAACGGGCAGAACGGACGCCCAGGAGAAAGAGGUCUGCCAGGAGACAAGGGGGAGAGGGGGAGCCCAGGGGUUGGAAGCCAGGGCCCCCGAGGACCACCCGGACCUCCAGGGCUGCCAGGCGAGGGACGGACAGGCAGCCAGGGCCCGCCGGGUCGGCCCGGCAGCCCCGGGCAGGUAGGAAGGCCCGGGAGUCCAGGCACCACAGGACCGGCUGGCCCACCAGGAUACUGUGACCAGAACUCCUGUCUGGGAUACAACGUUGGAGUUCAACAGGACUAUGGGAAUGAAUACUGAGGAACCUCCUCCAACCAUUCUCCUCCUGCUCGCCUCCCUCCAACCGUGCCCUGUACAUAAGACUAGAAACUGAAGAUGCUGAUAAAUACAGAAAUUCCCUCCAGGCCUCCGCGUUUCGUGGGAUGGAUAAUUAUUCCUGACUCCAGUGUUUAACCUCUAACCCCUGCAGCAUUUUGGUUCGUUGGGUAUCUUUUCCCGCUUGUUCAAAAUUACUCAUGCAAACCUGCACUUCAUAUUUGUGGGAUUAUGUGUUUAAUUGGCUUCAACAAUAUCUCAUCACCCAUUUCAGGUUUAAAAAGGCUCCAUUUUCACUAUUUGACUGUUCCUAGUGCAACAAUGAUUUAGCCAUAACCAGACAAACCCCCAGAAUGUCUCUGUGAUAACUGGGCUCAUAAGUAGCACACGGAUUAGAAGCGUUUCACCUUCACCAGCCUUUCCUACACUGGUGGUCUCAUAAGUCAUAGAGUUCCAAGAACAUUCUCUCAAACUGAUGGUAAAUAUUCCCACCACCCCAGUCCAACGCCUGCCCCACGACGGCUACCAGCCCUACAACCCUGCUGCAGUGGCUUACAACAAUGACCAAGGAGGAGGGGAGGAGGAGGAGGAGGAGGAAGAGCAGGAUCCCUACUACCACCGUGGAUACCCGCCCCAGUACUACCCACAGCCUUCCCACUACGCCAACGGUUACCACUCCAGCCCCACCGACUCCGAGGACGUGGAGCUGAGGUCACCUGGUGUCGCCAGGAGGUUCUCACGAGACACAGCGGUCACGGGUGAGAGCGAGGGGGGAGGACUUUAAACGAUGGAUGGACUCACCUAAAGUGCUUGAGCCGUGCAUGCCCCACACACACACACACACACACGCACACACACACAGUCCCCUCCCCUGUGUCUGCAGUGCUUUCACUCACCAGGUGACAGUGUAAAUAACGCUGUGGACUCUCGUACGAUAUCUCUGUGAGAGGGCGGUCUGAAAAGUGCCUGAUCUGUGUUAGCAUCGUCCAGUAGUGGUGUGAAGGUAAGAUCGGUUUCUACUCGUCAUGAGUUCAGGACUAGAAACCCCUUUUUUUGGUGUGAAGCUGCAUGUCCUCUUCAAAAGUCAUUUUUGCUUUAAAUCAAGGAUGAAGUGGUGACAUUUGUACAGGCUACUUUUUGUAUGACUCGUGUUCCCCGCGCUCCAUUUUUACCGUGUAUCUCUGUACAGCAUCGUUCGGCCUCCAGACGACUCCACACGCAGACGGACCACGCUAUGUUUAACAUCACCCUAACACUGUGCAGCACAAUCAAACCUGUUUUUUUUCUUUUUAUACUCAUUUUUGUUGAGCAAAGACCUGUCUGACGUUCGUCCUGCCGUGUUUUAUUUAAAGACAGUCGGUCUGUUGUGGCUUUUUAACACUCAGACUUGUGGUGAAUUCAAAGGAGACACUUGUGUUGCGUCUUGUUUCUGCUCCUGCGCUGCAGUCUGGAAAAACAUGCACUAAGCGUUCGGCUGUGAGCUGCUCCUGGUCUAAUCGAGAUUUAAACUGUCAAGAAUGAGCAGUUUUAAUGAAAAUGUCUCACCGCCACCUUCUUUAGUACACUAUGAACUUAUUUAUUUUCUAUUGUUUGCUUUUAUAACCAAUAAAUCUGUAAUGAGAAUACAAAA